GAAAAAAACACUCUGUGAGGAAAAAAAACUCCUUCAAUGGCGGAAGAAGAGAAGCGAACCACACCGGAACCUACUCUCCCUUCUCCACCGCGAUCUCCAUCAAAGCCCAAUGAUCCGCCGCCGGAGACACCCACUCCUCCUGCUAGAUUCGAUCCUAGUCGAAUGGUUGGGAUCAUCAAAAGGAAAGCUUUGAUUAAGGAUCUAGCUGCAGCUUAUCAGGCCGAGUGUGUUGCUUAUUGCCGAGAACUUCUGGAGCUUCAGAAGAGAAAGGACGAGCCGUUUGUGGACACAAAAGCUUCAGAAGAUCUGAGAAAAGAGACGUUGAGGUCUUCUUCCAAACGACCUAAGAAAAAACGUUAAAAUGAGAAGAGAAAAACCACUUGUGUGAUGAUCCUUAAUUUCUACGAUGGUAUGAUGUUUAUAGAUCAGUUCUCAUAUUUUUUUAUGGUAGUGUAAAAGCUUCGAACUUUAUUUGAUUUUAAGCGUAUUUACACUUGUGCGAAUACCUUUUCUAAAGAUAUCUCUUUACUAAAAGACCAAAUUGGAACCUUUGCAACAUUGGAGA